CACGCCACAAUUAGAUCCAAGAUGGCGUCCGCGCUAAAGUUAGGCUGACAUCCUUCAUCUCGCCAGGGACUCACUUUGCCUCUCGCCUCGCCAAGCAAAACAUACCCAACACAUCGUGUCGACCAUGCAAUUCACCCACCUUUUUACAGUCUUGAGCUUGGCUGCUGUGGCCCGCGCCGACUGCGACAGUGACGUCACGACCGCGAACGCUGUCUUGUUCACUCAAGCGUGCAUGAACGACCUGCAAGGUGGCGAUCGGCUGUCGUACGCCACCGUCUUUGAAGAUUACCGAAGCAACGCCAACACCAUCUACAAGUAUGGGCUGUGCGGGUCCACGACGUGCAAGGAUGAAGUCGCCGCGUCCAACUACCCGACAUGCGCCGUCACUAGUGCGACGAGCUACACGGCCGAGGUCGCGGGGCUAGCUACAGCCUGCGGGACAUUGGACACUGCUGUUGCCGCCAACGGUGGCACGUGCACCGAAGCUCAAAUCGCCGACAACAUUUGGGCGAAGCAUGUCGUAGUUCUCGACUCGGCUUGCGCGACAGGGAUCAGCGCGACGGCGGGCAGUUCGUGGUACACUGUGUUCCAGACUCUGGACACCGCGACGCCCAGUACUCUCACCGACUACUGUGCGACUUCGGCCUGCGUGGACCUUGCCACGACCACGAAAGCGAAGCUGGCGAGCUGCACGGACGGAACGGACUCGAAUAAGGACCUCUACGCGGCCGUGGGGGACGUCAUCACGUAUUGCAACACACCGACAACCACCGCAGCUCCCACGACGACCGCCACCACCACCGCAGCCCCCACGACGACCGCCACCACCACCGCAGCCCCCACGACGACCGCCACGACCACCGUAGCUCCUGGGGCGACCACCACCACCGCAGCCCCCACGACGACUGCUACCACUACUGCAGCCCCCGCGGCCACCACGACUGUUGCGCCUACCACGACCACUGCUGCCCCCACCCCCACGCCUACCAAGUCGUCUGCGACCACCGUCGGCGCCACGGCCUUAGUGACGCUUGCGGUGGCCGUGAUGGCGCUCUAGACUAGCACCCUCACACUUGCAUUUUCAUAAUGCACGGAUUUCGUGUAUGGAUUCGUCACGUGCUAAUCACUGUCUGCACAAAGUUGGAAAAUGCACGUCGUGGGAUCGAACCCGGGUCGACUUGCCACGUCAUUGAUUAACGUAAGCCCAUUAUUUGUAAAUCGUUGAGUGGCCCUUUCACUUGACAGCGCGUCAUUGCAACGGACAUAGAGUGGUGGAAAUAUGGCAUAUUUGUUU